AUGAAUGCUAGUAUAUAUUUACAGUCUUUUGGAUGGAAAGAAGGAGAAGCACUAAAAAAGGGAGGGUUAAAGAAACCAAUUCUUGUAAAGCAUAAGAAAGACACUAAAGGAUUGGGUCAUGAUACAAAUGAUUCAGAUAUGUGGUGGGAGAAACUAUUUGACGGUCAGCUAAAGAACUUGGAAGUGAAUAACAAUAAUAAGAAUGGGGAAGUGUCAUUUCAAACAAAUGAAGAAAAAGUCGUCAAUGCGUUUCAGAAAUCAAUAUCGCCAUUAUAUAAAAUGUUCGUGAAAGGCGAAGGGUUAGAAGGCACUGUAGGGAAAACUGAUCACACAAAGGAAAGUCAUAGAGAAAUAUCUUCAUCCAAAGCAUUAGAGGAGAUGGAAAAGCUAACGAAGAAAGAUACGUUUUCUGAAAAUAUCAAAGACAGUGAUAGUUCCAAUAAUGAAAAGGAAAGGAAAAAGAAGAAAUCAGACAAGAAAAUCAAGGAUGUGAAGAAAACUAAGCAAGACAAACUGAAAGUGUCUUUAAACAGUAAAAGUGAUAAAGAGAAGAAGAAGAAAUCCAAAAAGAAGUCUAAAGAUAGUAUACUAUCUAAACAUGAGAAGGAAAAGAAGCUACUGAAAUCAAGUAAAAGCAAAAAGGAUAAAGACACAACUUCAAGUAAAGAUUCUAAGAAGAAGAAGAAGAGGAAAUCUGAAAGUAAAGAUGAAACAUCAAAAUCAAAGAAAAGAAAAGUAUAA